UCUGCCAUAUUUAUCAACGAAUCUGCUUGACCGCUGCUUCCUUCGUCUCCGUUGAUUCUCGUGGUGCUUGCCUUCUCUGUAUCCGCAGCUAUACGAAAACCUUUUCCGAAAGAGCCUUCCUUUUCCAAGCGAGCAGUCUCGUGGCUCGGAUUUCUGUUCAAUUCAACGGAUUUGCUCAUAAUUGUUUGUUGAAUCAUGGCGGCUACCAAUGUUAUGCGGCGAGAUGAGAGCCUUCUUAUGUCGUCCCCUAGUGAUCCUCAUAGAGGGGUUUCUGAUAACGGUAAUUGUGUGUUUCCGGGAAUGAAUUUCUCAAGUGCAGGAGAUGCUUGUGUUUCUCGUGGCCUCUCGCUUGAGAAGAAAAUUGAGGCCCUCGAGAGCCUGACGGGACAAGUUAGUAACCGGAGAUCUCGGAGGUGGCUCAAUGAUCGUAUUCUGAUGGAACUUGUUCCUCGUUUAGAUGCUCAAGAAAUCAGAGGCUUGUUUGCUCCACCACCAUGGGGUGAUGAUGUCCCACCUUCUGCCUUUUCUUUGACUAAUGUUGGAGAAUGGGACAAAUUUAGAAACAUAGACAUGGACAAGGAGGCCAAGAUCAUGGAUUCCUUGAAUCGGUCAUCCAUAAGGCAGAAAGGUCGUGUGGAUGCUGAUAAAACCGCUGUUUUAAAUGCUUGGCGAAGAAUAGAGUGUAGAACAAGAGAGGCUCUUCGACGUUGCUUUUUACCGGAACUAAUCGAGGGGUAUGAGAACUGUAUAAGCCAUUUCAUCAAAGAAGGCGGUGAAGGAGACUUUCUUGAGCUCAAGGUUCAAGACCCAUUCCAUAGAUUGCUUUUGCACGGUGUUUGUGAGUACCAUAAUUUGGUGUCCACAACGGCAACAGAACAAAUAGGAAGGAAAGCAAUGAAGACAACGAGGAUCAAAUGGAAGAAGAGUGACGAUUCAGGAGAGAAACCGAGCAUCGGCCUCGCUCAUUUCCUUAGGAUGUCCAAGGAAGGAGCGUGGUAACAUCUCACAUCCACUCCUUUGUAGCUGUAACUUUUUUUAUGAAUAAAAAUGCUGCAUUGCAUUGGCCUCCUCCGGUUCUAUGCAGCGAAAGGAUUUCAAAGACUCUCUUUGCUUCUUCCUCUAUGUGGUCUUGCAAGCUUUUGUUGUAUUCUCAAUCUGUAUGCUUAAUUUAUUAUUAGAUUAAAUAGCCAACGAUAAAAAAAAAUUCAAAAAUACCAUUUAUUUAUUUUAAUUUUACGUUUACUUCAUAAUAAAAGAGUGAGCGUGCGACCAAUAAAAGAGUGAAAAGCAACAAAUCAAGCUUUGGUCAAACAAAAAUGGUGGCCAAGAAGCGAGUCAAGUACUUCGUGGUUGAUGCUUUUGCUGAUUCCGCCUUCAAGGGGAAUCCAGCUGCUGUUUGCUUUCUGGACGACGAUAAUCAGAAAGACGACGCGUGGCUUCAGUCUCUCGCCGCCGAAUUCAACUUGUCCGAGACUUGUUUCCUCACUCCGAUCACCGUCUCCGAUGAUUGCGAUUUCCCUCGCUUUCGUCUCCGUUGGUUCACUCCAGUCGCUGAGGUGGAUCUGUGUGGUCAUGCAACUUUAGCAUCUGGUCACGUUCUCUUCUCAAACGGUUUGGUUGACUCAGAAGUAGUUGAGUUCGCCACAAGAUCGGGGAUUCUAACAGCUAAACGGGUUCCACUUACCUCAGAGCUCGAAGAAUCAACCUUCUUGAUCGAACUGGAUUUCCCCGUUGUUCCAACUUGUGAAAUCGUCAGCUCCACUAGUGAUCUCUCUCUCUUCUCCAAAGCAUUAAAUGGAGCUACCAUUGUUGAUGUUAAAGCCACAGAGAAAGACCUCCUCGUUGUGCUUUCGUCGUGGGAAUCUGUUACUGAACUGCAGCCAUUAAUAGAUGAGAUAAGGAAAUGCCCUUGUGAAGGAAUGAUGGUGACCGCUGCUGCUUCUGCAGGAUCUUCAUAUGAUUUCUGUAGUCGCUACUUCGCCCCUAAUUUCGGAAUCAAUGAGGACCCUGUUACUGGAAGUGCGCAUUGUGCCUUAGCACACUACUGGAGCACCAAGAUGAACAAGUGUGAUUUCUUAGCCUACCAGGCUUCAAGCAGAGGCGGAACGCUCAAGGUUCAUAUAGACAAAGAGAAGCAGAGGGUUCUGCUGAGAGGCAAAGCAAUCACUGUAAUGGAAGGAUGUGUCUUGGUUUGAUUUGGCUCUUUUAAAACAAAGAUUUUCGUAAACCUAUAUAUGUUCUCGGGGAUGUAUUUGUAUCCCUAAAUUUGAAUUUGCUUGUGAUGAGAUCACAGGAUCACUUUUGUGUGUUUAUGAGACUGCUCACUAGAGCUUUUUUAAGUCGUAGUAGAGGUUAGAGACCAUUUGCCGAAUUUCGAAAAACGAAGCCCAUUCCCAUUUUUAUAUAGUUUUCAUCCAAAACGAUCAAGUUGCAAUACUUGGGC